AUGAGACACACAGAGUCGCGGAAUGUUAGAUCCGACGAGAAAGUGAGACAUGCAGAGCCGCGGAAUGUUAGAUCUGACGAGAAAGUGAGACAUGCAGAGUUGUGGAAUAUGAGAUCCGACGAUAAAGCGAGACAUGCAGAGCCGCGGAAUGUUAGAUCCGACGAGAAAGCGAGACAUGCAGAGUUGUGGAAUAUGAGAUCCGACGAGAAAGCGAGACAUGCAGAGUUGUGGAAUAUGAGAUCCGACGAGAAAGCGAGAUAUGCAGAGCCGCGGAAUGUUAGAUCUGACGAGAAAGUGAGACAUGCAGAGUUGUGGAAUAUGAGAUCCGACGAUAAAGCGAGACAUGCAGAGCCGCGGAAUGUUAGAUCUGACGAGAAAGCGAGACAUGCAGAGUUGUGGAAUAUGAGAUCCGACGAGAAAGCGAGACAUGCAGAGCCGCGGAAUGUUAGAUCUGACGAGAAAGUGAGACAUGCAGAGUUGUGGAAUAUGAGAUCCGACGAUAAAGCGAGACAUGCAGAGUCGCGGAAUGUUAGAUCCGACGAGAAAGUGAGACAUGCAGAGUUGUGGAAUAUGAGAUCCGACGAGAAAGUGAGACAUUCAGAGCCGCGGAAUGUUAGAUCUGACGAGAAAGUGAGACAUGCAGAGUUGUGGAAUAUGAGAUCCGACGAUAAAGCGAGACAUGCAGAGUCGCGGAAUGUUAGAUCCGACGAGAAAGUGAGACAUGCAGAGCUGCGGAAUGUUAGAUCUGACGAGAAAGUGAGACAUGCAGAGUUGUGGAAUAUGAGAUCCGACGAUAAAGCGAGACAUGCAGAGUCGCGGAAUGUUAGAUCCGACGAGAAAGUGAGACGUGCAGAGCCGUGGAAUGUAAGACCCGACGAGAAAGUGAGACAUGCAGAGUCGCGGAAUGUUAGAUCCGACGAGAAAGUGAGACAUGCAGAGCCGCGGAAUAUGAGAUCCGACGAGAAAGUGAGACAUGCAGAGCCGCGGAAUGUUAGAUCAGACGAGAAAGUGAGACAUGCAGAGCCGUGGAAUGUUAGAUCCGACGAUAAAGUGAGACAUGCAGAGCCGUGGAAUGUUAGAUCCGACGAGAAAAGCUGGGGAAAUGACAGAUCUGACGAUGAGAAAGCUAGACACGCAGAGCUGGGGAGUAACAGAACUGACGAGAAAGUGAGACAUGAAGAGCUGAGGAAUAACAGAUCUGACGACGAGAAAGUGAGACAUGCAGAGCUGAGGAAUAACAGAUCUGACGACGAGAAAGUGAGACAUGCAGAGCUGGGCAAUAACAGAUCUGACGACGAGAAAGUGAGACACGCAGAGCUUGGGGGUAACAGAACUGACGAGAAAGUGAGACACGCAGAGCUGAGGAAUAACAGAUCUGACGACGAGAAAGUGAGACAUGCAGAGCUGGGCAAUAACAGAUCUGACGACGAGAAAGUCAGACAUGCAGAGCUGGGCAAUAACAGAUCUGACGACGAGAAAGUGAGACACGCAGAGCUGGGGGGUAACAGAACUGACGAGAAAGUGAGACAUGCAGAACUGAGGAAUAAGAGCUGGGCAAUGUUAGACGAGAGGGUGAGACGGGCAGAGCUUGGCAAUGUUAGAGGAGAGGAUGAGACGGGCAGAGCUUGGCAAUGUUAG